GCUCCCCCUCCCCUGUGGACGCGCGCCCUCGGCCCACUCGCGCAGGGACAGGGCAGGAGCUUGGGUUGCAGACACUGCCCGGACAACUUCACAGCCAGUCCUGCGGGUUCCGUAGGCCAGCAGAGCGCUGGGGCCGCGCAGUCCCCGGAGCAGGCGGAAGGCGGGACCCCUCCCCUCACCCCACUCCCCCGCCCCGUUUCUCCUCCUCCUUCUCCGGCUCCCCUCCCCCCGCGCCCCCGAGUUCCGCAACCGGGCAGCCAAUCCCAGCCGCGCUCCUGCCCGGCUGCUCAGGGUGGUGGCACGGAGCCUGGAGGCGGUUUGGAGAGCUCAAUCUUUGCGCCCAGCGGCAGGCUGUCGGCAACAUUCUUUUACAAAGUAGUAGAGCCAGCAUGAGGAAGCACAGGCAGCAGAGCGCAAAGCUCCUGCAGAAAGAGACCAAGAUGAACGCAGAGCCCGAGAGGAAGUUUGGCGUGGUGGUGGUUGGCAUCGGCAGAGCUGGCUCCGUGCGGAUCCGGGACUUGCGGAAUCUACACGCUUCCUCGGCGUACCUGAACCUGAUUGGCUUCGUGUCCAGACGAGAGCUGGGGAGCAUGGAUGGGGUGCCACAGAUGUCUUUGGAAGAUGCUCUUGCCAGUCAAGAGGUUGAGGUUGCUUAUAUCUGCAGUGAGAGCUCCAGCCACGAGGACUACAUCAGACAGUUCCUAAACGCUGGCAAGCACGUCCUUGUGGAAUAUCCCAUGACACUGUCUUGGGCAGCAGCUAAGGAACUGUGGGCACUGGCUGAGCAGAAAGGGAAAGUCUUGCAUGAGGAGCACGUUGAACUCUUGAUGGAGGAGUUUGCAUUCCUGAAAAAAGAAGUGGUGGGAAAGGACCUGCUGAAAGGGUCUCUCCUCUUCACAGCUGGCUCGCUGGAAGAAGAGCGCUUUGGCUUCCCUGCAUUCAGCGGCAUCUCUCGCCUGACCUGGCUGGUCUCCCUCUUUGGGGAGCUUUCUCUCGUGUCCGCCACUUUGGAAGAGCGAAAAGAAGAUCAGUAUAUGAAGAUGACCGUGUGCUUGGAGACGGAGAACAAAAGCCCGUUGACGUGGAUUGAAGAGAAGGCGCCUGGCCUAAAGCGAAACAGACAUUUAAGCUUCCAUUUCAAGUCUGGGUCCCUGGAGAAUAUGCCCAACGUAGGCGUCAAUAAGAAUAUUUUCCUGAAAGAUCAAAAUAUAUUUGUCCAGAAACUCCUGGGCCAGUUCUCUGAAGAGGAGCUGGCUGCCGAGAAGAAACGCAUCCUGCACUGCCUGUAUCUGGCGGGAGAGAUCCAGAAACACUGCCGCUCGAAGAAGUGAAGGGAGGGGGCAACAUGGCCCUGCCCAGACGAGACCUGAGCCUGAUUUUUAUCAAGAGUUGACCUUAAUCUCUGUUCUAACCAUUAAACGUGUCUUGGGUAAACAGGA